UCAUCCCCCCUCCCCCCCUAGCAAACCUCCAUGCCGCCGCCUAGACGACGCCAUUGGCCUUUCACGAUUCUUCUUCCCGAUGACGACGAUGGGAGACUUGUCACCGGCGGAUCGGAGGGCCGGCCUGUCGGAGAAAUCUUCGCCGAUACUCGGCGCCGUCUGGAGGCCGAUCAGGACGCCGCCCGUCGCCGCCGCCACCCGCAGCGGCGUCCACAACCCCGUCCACCAUCAGAUGCGGCCUCCACUACCCAACCACCUCCAACCUGCAACCCCUCCCCCUCCCCUCCCCUCUACUCCACUCCACCAUCAGAUGCAGCCCACCCCUCUGCAACCCCUUCUCCUCCCGUCCACGGUCAGCUGCAGCCUCCACAACCCGAACCCAUCCCCUACACUCCUGGCACGCCUCGUCCCACGCUCACCGACGUCGACGUGGACGCGACAUGUCUACGCAUAGCAGAUGCAUUUGAGGAAUUCGCCUACUCCGACGGGGAUGGACAACUCUUCACGGACGUCGAUGAGAUAUCUCAACGCGUAGCAGAUGUACGCAUGGAAGUCACCUGCUCCAACAUCCAGACGAGGCCCUACGAUCGGCCGCAACCUCCACAGUGUGAGUACCCUUAUUAUGAUGUGCCCGAGCCGUUGGAAAAACCACUGCUAGAGCCAAAGAACGCAAACGCUUCCUCUUCCUCCACGCAGCCAGUUGCGAUAACUCAUGACAUCUCGCCAGUGUCAAGGCAACUGUCUCCGCCUAUUUUCGCGCGCAAUCCUUCUGGUUGGCAUUUACAAUUUUUCAUCAGAAUAGAUGUUGGGGGUUAUUUCCACACGUAUCCUAGUCUGGGCGGGCCAUUCCAGAGCUUGCAGGAAGCUGAGAAUGCUAUCGCUAGCCAUCUUGAUGAGCUGCGCUCUCCUAUGAUGUGCACAGAUGGGCUUUCGGAUGCUGAGAUUUGUAUAAGACAUGGCCUUUAUUGGCUUGAUGGCACAAGGAAGAGUUCUUCUGAAGGCAAUCCAGACCAUAGGAAUGUCAGCGUAUUGGUUCAAGCUUUGCUGGAUAAAUACAAUGAAGAUCACCAUCUUUUGGGGGAUCUUGCAUAUGAACUUGAUGAUGUUGUGAUCUUCCGAGAAUUUUAUGAGGGGGAGAACUUAACUAUGUUCUAUCAUAUCAAUUUGACUACAAAAACCAAAGGAAAAGAUGGUUCGCACAGUGGCAUCAACAAUCUAUUCUUUGCUGAAGUCAGAGAAAUUGAAGGAGAAAUUGAAGGAGAAAAUGAUGAAUAUGUGCUCAAUUGUUUAUGUAUGGUUAAGCCUACUAACAAUGGCCAAUGCUAUGGUUGUAUGACUUACGGAAAUGUUGAUUUGAAGCACCCUGUUGAUGUUGAUAAAUACGAAGGGGGUCACUCUACCCCACACAAACUAUGUUGCGGUUUUGAUCUACGUUGUGAUGUUAUUACUGGCCUAGAUGCACCUGCAUACAUCGAGGAUGAGGAGGCUAGGCUGAUGGCUGAGGAGGCUAGGCUAAGAUAUAUAAACAUGUGUCCUGCUGAUCCUCCUGUUCUGGCAAAAUUGGAUGGUGCAAGAGUGCCUGUUGGUUUGGCGAAGAGAAAGGAUUCUGAUUUGACCAAGGGAGAGUGUGGCCAGGGAAGCGUGAAAUACAUUGUACCUGCUAGGCGUAUGUUGGUUUGAGUACCCCCUCAGGUACAUAGAUAAAUUUAAUUUGAUUUAGUUUCCAGUGUCUUGGAGAAGGAUUAAACCCGUCGUGCACCAUCACUUGGGAUGUCUUUUCUGCAACGGUAGAAUGCAUGGAUCUGCCAUUUGCUUUGACUUGGUUGUAGAUGCUCGGAAGUUUGGUGCUCUGGGUCCGUAAUGGUGUAAUGUUUCAUAUUUGAGUUUCAUGAAAGGUUGGCGAUGGAGCCGCCUUUUGUUUUUCAAAUCCUGCCAGUAUUUACGCCUUAGUCUUCUUUCAUCGGCACAUAAUUUUCCAUCUAGUUAGCACAUAGGUGCCUUAUCUAAUUUUCAUGGACACAUAAUCUGCCAUGACGUCAACACAUAAGCGCCUCAUCCGUUUUUUCAUGAAGGUAAUGAGUAUGGAAUGUGUUGAAACGAA